AUGCCAUGGAGAGCCUCGCGCCUUCAUGCUGGAAUACGACUGAGAUGGAGGCGACCAGACAGCUUCAUCUUGCGUCUUCCAAGUCGCCGACGGUUCCAAGUCCCAUACCAAUCAACGUCUACCAAACAACCACCGUCAACAGAUUCAGAGGCCACUAUUUACCGACGACCUGAUGAUACUCGGCGAAAGAAUCACAGCCCUUCCUAUGACCCAGACAGUUCCAGCUCCCUCACCGACGUGGGCCGGCUCAUCGUCAGCGACUACGCGCACCUUCGACCCCACUACAUGGCGCCAAAAUAUCCAAUCGUUCUCGCCCACGGCCUGAUGGGCUUCGACGAACUUCGUCUGGCAGGGGACUUGCUGCCGGGCAUAAGCUACUGGCGAGGCAUCAAGGAAGCGUUCCAGGCGCACGGAAUCAAAUGCAUCACGGCAUCGGUGCCAAGGACGGCGUCAAUCCCCGAGCGCGCGGCGGCACUGAUGGACCAGAUCGCGCAUAGGCUGUCGCAGGUCGGGGAGGACGGCAAGGAAAUCAACAUCGUCGCGCACAGUAUGGGGGGGUUGGACGCGCGGUACAUGAUCUCGCGCCUGUGCCCUCCACCAUCGCUCUUCCGCGUGCGGUCGCUGACCACGAUCGCCACGCCGCACAGGGGCAGCUCCGCCGCCGACAUGCUCCUCCGCGACAUCGGGCCAGACCUCCUGCCCUGGAUCUACCGGCUCCUGGCGCGCCUGCACAUCGACUCGGGCGCCUUCGCCCAGCUGACCACACGGUACAUGACGCAGACGUUCAACCCGUGCGUCCCCAACGACCCCUCCGUGAAAUACUUCUCCUACGGGGCCUGCGCCACGCCGCAUCUGUUCUCCAUGUUCCGCCUGUCCCACGACCUCAUGGACGUGCUCGAGGGCCCCAACGACGGCCUCGUCAGCGUCAGGAGCGCCAAGUGGGGCGAGUACAAGGGCACACUGGCCGGCGUCACGCACUUGGAUCUGAUCAACUGGACCAACCGGCUCAAGAAAAUGGCGAGUCGGCUGGGCCUGGUCGAGGAGAGAUUCAAUGCUGUGGCCUUUUACUUGGCUGUCGCCGAGGAGCUGGCCAAGGAAGGGUUCUAG